AUGACUCCUCGAGGAGGAUUUGCCCAAAAGAGAGGGAGCCACGAAUUCUCGGAGCUCCUGGAGACUGAUCAGGUGCUGGCAGUUUCUGAGUGUGCUGGGGAGUUCCUAACGGACUCCCGGCGCACCAUGGAGCCUACCUCGGCGGCUCCCGGAACUUUCAGCUGUUUUGCCUGUCUGCUGCCACAGCAUGACUACCCACCGGCAGUGGUCACCUUUAUGUUCAGCUCAAUUAUUACUGGCAUGGUCGCAGACCUGGUCAGCAACUUCAUGGUCAUUUUGGCUGUGAAAAGGAACAAGAAGCUCCAACAUUCUGGCAAUGUCUUCGUGGUCAGCCUCUGCGUAGCUGAUCUGCUGGUGGCCAUCUACCCAUAUCCUUUGAUGCUACAUACUGUAUCCAUGGGAGGCUUGGACAUGAGGCAGUUACAGUGCCAGAUAGUUGGGAUCAUCACCCUGAUGAGCAUGGUCGGCUCCGUCUUCAACAUCCUGGUAAUGGCCUUCAACCGUUACUGCUACAUCUGCCACAACAUCUAUUACAAGCAAAUCUUCACUGCGCGCAACACCGCGUUGUUCAUGAUCGCCACCUGGGUGGCGACCAUCCUGGCUAUCCUGCCCAACGUGUACUAUGGCAUUGUCAAGUAUGAGCCUCACGCCUACACCUGUGUCUUCGACUACACGAAGAGCCGUGUCUUCAACCUGACCAUGGUCUCUGUCCACUUCAUCCUCCCUCUCCUGACCGUGAGUUUCUUCUACUGGAGGAUCUGGAAGAAAGUGCUGGCGGUCCAAAACCAGGUUGAGCAGGAUCCCGACCAGUUAGCUAGUGCUCGCAAUUUUCUAAACAUGUUUGUGGUCUUCCUCCUCUUUGCAGUGUGCUGGUGCCCUCUGAACACGCUCACUGUCCUUGGCACUGUCGGUCCGAAGGAGAUGGCAAGCACAAUCCCUAACUGGCUGUAUCUGGUAGCCUACCUCCUAGCCCACUUAAACAGCUGCGCCAAUGCCUUGAUCUACGGCUUCUUUGAUGAGAAUUUCCGACAAGAAUACCGGACCAUUUAUCAUGUCAUACGGCACCCCCUCCUCUACUUCUCUGGCGUCAUCAGUGAUUACUAUGACACACCAGAAGACCCUGGCCCACCCCCCAUCCUUGCCCAUGUCGGUGCCCGUGAAGAUGCCAUUGAAGACAUCUUGGAUGAAGCCUGCAAACCGGACUUUGGACAAGAUCACUCCCUUGCCCUUGCCCUUCCCGCUAUAGAGGAAAUCCCGGUGGUCAUCCAUGAUGUUCCACUGCCUGGAGAUGCUGCAGCUGGCCACCUCGAUGAGGCCCCUGUCAUCCCCAGAUCCCCCUUUAGGCUUGCCUCUCCUGCCUGCAGAUCUGUCCGUAGGCUUGUCUCUAGGCACUUCAGGGCUGAGUAUUUCCACUUCAGUCCUGCAUCUGUCCACCUCAGGGGUGAUUUUGUCUAUUUCCAGGCUGAAUCUGUCUAUUUCAGGUCUGUUUCCUGCCACAUCCAGUCCGUCUCCGGUCGUGUCUCUGCUGGCAGCUAUUCCAAGUUUAUCUUCAACGCUGCCACCAGCCGCCGCCGUCGUCGGUCUGGCACCUUUGGCCUUCCAGCGCCUCCCUCCCGCUCUGCCGCCGGCCUCCUGGAACUCGUCGCCAGCCAGCUACAGUCUGCUGCCGAUGCUGACUUUCCUGGCCCUGCUGAGCUCGAGGCUGCUGCAAGUAAUUACCAGGAUGUGGCAAUUGAUGUCGAAGAUGAUUUUGAGGAGACAUCUGUGUGA